GUGGAUUAUAUGUUGAAGUACUCCAGUUGCGCUGCCUUAAUCACAUGACGAGCUGAGAGAUGGGAAAUUAAGUAUUAAGUUAAUGAAUUUGAGAUCUGUUUGCCGUCGAACAACAAAAUCCACAGCCAUACAAUACAAAAUCCUUAGCAGCAACAAGCUAAGUAAGGAGGAAUUGAAGAAGAAGAAGAAGUACAGUGCCGCCAUCAUCAUAUCAUCCUCAGCCGCCAUCUGUUUUGUUGAAGGACUCAAUUACCGCCAUGUGGAGAUAAGCUUAGCUACCUGGUUAUGGUGAUAGGGUGAAGAGGCUGGGAUUUCUUAAUGCUGCUUUAAUUUAGUUACAACAUAGACAGACGCAAAUGGCUUAUGCAGCUGUAACUUCGCUUAAAGGAACACUCCAUCUACACUUCUUGCAAUCACAACCGCGCCUGCCUCUUAUGUAUAAACCAAAGAUGGUCUCUCUCCAUAGAAAUCUUAGUUUCCUUCAAGAAAGUCGUGAGAAAUCUGAGAUGGACUAUGAUGAUGCGGGGGUGAUGAAAGAUGUAGAGGCAGAGAUCAGAGAUGCAGCAUUCGAAGCUGAAGAAAGGAUUGAGAUGGAGUUGACUAACAUUUAUCUAGAGGCAAAGGGUUGGGCGAAGCGUGUUGCUUGCCUCCUCAGGCUUCAUGAAAUCUUCAUUCAAGCUGUAAAACAGACUGAUUACCUCAAGAAGAAGUUGAUUAACAUUCAAAGUGAAAAGCAGCUUGCAAAGGGUCCAUCACAAAGUGAAAGAAUGCGACAAAGAGGACUACUCCAUGGUUCAACAUCAUCACAGCCUGAUCUAGAACACGAGAAUAAUAUUACUGUGAAUAAAUUGUCCAAAAACGCUUCAAUAAAGUUUGACAGUACAAUGGUCGGAUGCAACGAGGAGUUCAAGACGAUAAUGGAUCAGCUCACCCGACAAUCAGCAAAGAAGCUACAAGUUGUAUCAAUUGUAGGCAUGGGCGGAAUAGGCAAGACCACUUUAGCUCGCAAAGUUUAUGAAGAUUCAUCUAUCACUCUUCAUUUUGACAAACGAGCAUGGGUUACUGUAUCUCAUGAGUAUAAUCUGCUACAAAUGCUCCAAUGCCUUGUUGGUUGUGUUAGUGCAUCAAGUGAUAAACAAAGCAGCAAUGACACAAGCGAAUUAGCAGCAAGUCUGCGUAAACACUUGAUGGGUCAAAGAUAUUUGAUAGUGAUGGAUGACAUAUGGAGCAAAGAAGCUUGGGAUAGUGUGCAAAGGUGCUUUCCAGAUGAUAAUAAAGGAAGCCAUAUACUACUGACUUCUCGGUACAAGGAGGUGGUUGAAUAUGCAGGUAACUCUACCAUUAAUAUGUCUUUCUUAGAUGUCAAUGAAAGUUGGAAUCUCUUUUGCAAUGUGUUUGGUCAAACAAAAUUUGUUUCAGUGUUUGAGCAAAUUAGUAGAAAGAUAGUGGAGAAAUGUAAUGGAUUACCUCUAGCUAUUAUUGUAAUAGCUAGUCUUCUCUCCAAGACAGAGGCGGCAGUGGAGAAGUGGAAUAAUGUUGCAGAAAAUGUGAGUAGAUAUGUAAUUAGUGAUUCUAAUGAUGCAUGUUCCAGAAUACUAUAUUUGAGUUACAACCAAUUACCACACCACUUGAAAGCCUGUUUUCUAUAUUUUGGAGUUUUCCCCGAAGACUGUGAGAUACAUGUGAAGAAGUUGGUUAGGUUGUGGGCGGCAGAGGGAUUUUUGAGGGCAGAGGACCAUCGAAAUAUGGAGGAAGUGGCCAUGAAAUGCUUGCAAGAUCUUGUUGAUAGAAGUCUUGUUUUUGUUAGCAAACAGAGCUACAAUGGUAAAAUGAAGACAAUAAGAAUACAUGACCUGUUGCGUGAUUUGUGUUUGAGAGAAGCUCGAUAUGAAAAUCUCGUGAAUGAAGUUGAUGAUAAAAAUCAUCCAGUUUACAAGAAGAAAAUCUCUUGUCGUUGGAUGGGAAGAACAUCCGUGUUUACUCUACAUCCUUCUGCAGAGUGCUUUUACAGAUCACAUUCCAUUCACCAUCCUCAUGUUGAUUACCUUGGAAGCGUGGAAAGUCUAUAUUCAAGCUUCAAACUACUAAGAGUAGUAGACAUAGAGAGUAUGCCUUCCUGUGAACAUGGUGUAAUAUAUGCACUUGCAAAUCUUAUUCAUUUGAGAUACUUAUCUUUGAGGUCUAUAAUGUAUAGCCAUUGCCCCACAUAUUUUCAUUUGGAGCUCUUUGAGCAUUGGAAUAUGCAAAGCUUUAUUGUUCAUGGAGCAUUGGAUUCCUUUGAUGCAUAUGGAAUUUGGAAAAUGCCACUAUUAAGGAAUUUUUGCAUUCAACGGAUUGAUUCAUUAGGAUCUUUGUCAGUUGUUCAUAGAAACUUAGAGAGUAUAUCAUGGUUGAAUUCUAAGCUCUGUACAAAGGAUUUGUUUACAAUGAUUCCGAAUUUAAAAAAAUUGGGAGUUUGUGAUAGAUAUGAUGAAAAAAAUCAAGAUUGUUUUUAUAGUUUUGAGCACCUGGAGCAGCUUGAGGAGCUAAGUAUCAGAGGGUGGUAUUUCAACCAUAUUCCAUGUAGCGACAUCUCAUGGGCAACUAGUUUUCUACCAAAUCUUAAGAAGCUCAAAUUCUUCUUGACUAGUUUGGCAUGGAAUGAUAUGAGGCUUAUUGGUUUGUUGCCGAAUCUAGAGGUUCUAAAACUCAAACAUGCUAUUGUUAAGGAAGACAAAAUAUGGGAGACAUCCGAGGAAGGGUUCCGUAAAUUGAAAAGAUUGGUAAUUGAAUAUGAAUGGUUGGAACAUUGGAGUGCCGAGAGUGACCAUUUCCCUCUGCUAGAAUGUUUAGAGAUAUGUGAAUGCAAGUAUUUGCGAGAGAUCCCUAGUGGUUUUGCCAAUAUCACCACACUAGCACUGAUUCAGUUAAACAGGUGUUCGGAUUCCGUUCUGGAUUCCGCGAAGUCGAUUCAAGAAGAGCAAAACAGCAACUAUGGAAAUGCCUUCCAUGUUCGUUCGGAAAUGGGUGUUGAUAAAUAUAGAUUUGUAUCAUCUUUGAAGUUAUAAAGACAAUAAUAUAAAUUUGUACUUGCAAUGUUGGUGUCAAUGUUUUAGAAUUAUGGCAUCCAAGUGAAUGAGUGAUGCUCUUUUUGGUUGCAGCAGAUAGCACUUUGGGCUGUUUCUGUAUAAAUAAAUCCUCAUGGGAUUAUAUUUUUGAUAUGCACUGAUAGUGAUACAUUCCCUCCCUGUCACUGAUAAUUCUUUAUGAAUUUUUGUUUUCUUGGUUGCAGCAGUUUACUAACCAUUUUCAUGUAACAGAGUGGGUGAAGAGAGAACAAAUGGAAUAAGUGUUAUCCAUCAACUCAUCAAGAAUACUCAAUGUGGAGAUUGCUAUUAGAACAGUAUUACUAGUAGUACUAUUUUAAUUUGUUGUGUAGGAAAUAAAUAAUUACUAGUAGUAAAACUUCCAUUUUACAAGAGGAAAUUACAGCACUUGUUUUCAAAAGCUUGUCCUUGGAUAAGUGUUAGACCAGAAUGUUUCAAUAUAUUUUAGUAAACUGCAAUGGUUUCUGGUUGUCAGAAGAAGUUGGUGAUGGAAAGAGCUUAGUAAACUACUGUUGCUUAUUCUGCUUUUUAUUAGUUUAGUUUUUGAGUGUGUUUGCUGAAAGAGCUUACGAUUUUCUGAAAGCUGUUUGGUCU